AUGUCUUUCAAAACGACUAUUCUAACCGCUCUCCAGAAGGUGUCUAACUCCUGUAGGAAGCCACUGUUCACAUCAACACCACACCAUCUGGAUAUCGUUGACGAAGCCAACUACUCGCCUCCAGCGAAACGAGCGCCUAUACUGAGAAGAGUUCCUCUGAAGCUUGACAUCCCAGUGCAGCGUCCUCCAGCAAUCCCCGAAAUUGAAGAAGAAGAGGAAAAACGGCCUCAACUGAAUCACCGAAUAAAGCACAAUUUUAUUUCCACACUGGUAAGGAAAGCAACCAACAACUAA